UAUAAAAAGUGACGGACAAAAUAGUAGCUUAGUAGGCUUCAAUUUUUUGUCUUUACUAUUUAUUACUACUAUUUUCAUUAUCUUCUUCCAUGUUUGCAGAGGAAGGAUAAAUUUGUACCAACAUAAACUAUAGUAGUGUACAAUUAUUUAAGGUUUCUAUAUGAUGUUCCGUACUUAUAGUUCUUUUUCCACUUCAAUUUGCACUAUACUUGUCCGUUUGACAAUAUUGUUAAUUUUUGUUUUGUGCAAAACAAAAGCGGUUACGAAACUGCCACCAAAUGUUUCAAUUCCAGCAGUGUUUGUAUUUGGAGAUUCAAUCAUGGAUACGGGAAACAACAACGACAUGGUAACACCAUCUCAGUGUAAUUACCCUCCAUAUGGCAAAGAUUUUCAAGGAGGAAUUCCAACCGGAAGAUUUAGCAACGGAAAGGUUCCAUCAGAUCUUAUAGUUGAAGAAUUAGGCAUUAAAGAGUAUCUGCCAGCAUAUUUGGAUCCAAAUCUUCAGCCUAGUGAAUUGCCUACAGGAGUCAACUUUGCAUCCGGUGGUGCAGGAUAUGAUGCUUUGACAUCAAAAUUAGGGGUAGCUAUAUCUAUGUCUGGGCAGCUAGACUUAUUCAAAGAUUACAUUGUGAAGCUUAAAGGAGUUGUUGGUGAAGAUAGAGCAAACUUCAUCAUAGGCAAUGGUCUAUUUCUUGUGGUAUUAGGAAGCAAUGAUAUUUCUAACACAUACUACUUGUCCCGUUUGAGACAAGUGCAAUAUGAUUUCCCUACAUACUCUGACCUUUUAGUCAACUCUGCUUAUAAUUUCUACCAGGAAAUGUAUGAACUAGGUGCAAGGAGGAUUGGAGUAUUUAAUGCACCACCAAUGGGGUGUGUGCCAUUUCAGAGAACAAUGGCAGGGGGGAUAGAAAGAAAAUGUGUACAAGAGUACAAUGAUGCAGCUGUGUUCUUUAACAACAAGUUGUCAAUAGGGAUUGAUUCUUUUAAGCAGAAUUUUCCAAGUAGCAGGAUUGCUUACAUGGAUGUUUACAACCCUCUACUUGAUAUCAUUGUAAACAACCAAAAAUAUGGCUAUAAAGUUGGAGACAGAGGGUGUUGUGGCACAGGCAAAAUAGAAGUUACUUAUUUGUGCAACCAUUUGGAUUCUAUUUGUCCCAACGAUUUGGAUUAUGUGUUUUGGGACAGUUUUCAUCCUACUGAAUCUGUUUACCGAAAACUUGUUACCCCUAUUCUACACAAAUACAUGGACACAUUUAUUUAGGUACAAA